CUAGGUCCACACCAAUGCGUUUUCUGCAGUGUUGUGCACAAAGGCAGUACAGUCCAUUUAACAUGAUUUCCUAUGGGACACGUUCACGCGUUUUCACCCUGUGCAUUUUUUGGGAAGGGUCAGGGACCUUUUUGACUGCAAAAAGUUGCUUCAAUGGAGAAUCUGCUGAAGUGCAUGGUAUUGCGUUUUUGCUGUGAAUCUGUCGAGUUUUGCAUUUUUAUUCUGCCCAGCAAAAUUUCCACUUAAAAAAA